CCCACCCCGGCCUCACCAGAUCCCUCUCUCUGAGCGAUGCUCAGACCACGAUCCAGUGCUCCUGCUCCAUCUCCUCCCCUUGCCCAAAAUGCCAGCACGAGUUGAGACGAGCAAGGAGGGAGGACUUGGAAGUCCCUCGGUGUUCGGGGUGCUGUGGAGGCCUCGGAGCCAGAGGGUGCCGGGCCCCAGGAGAGGAACUCCACAGAAGUACGAUCCCACCUUCAAGGGCCCUAUCAACAAGAGAGGCUGCACCGAUGUGAUCUGCUGCAUCACCCUGCUCGUGGCCAUCGUUGGCUACGUGGCCGUCGGCAUCGUCGCAUGGACUCAUGGUGAUCCCCGCAAGGUGAUCUACCCCACGGACAGCCGUGGCCAGUUCUGUGGCCAGAAAGGCACGGUCAACGAGAACAAGACCUUCCUGUUCUACUUCAAUAUCAUGAAAUGUGCCAGUCCACUGGUGCUGCUAGAGUUUCAGUGCCCAACUACGCAGAUCUGCGUGCAGAGCUGUCCAUCCCGCUACCUCACCUUAAUUCAGGCCUACAACAAUCCAGAGGAGCUGAAAUAUUACUCGCAGUUCUGCCAGCCAGGCUUCAACUGGCAUCAGAGCAAGAAGCUCGUGGAGGUGCUGCGUGAUGGAGACUGCCCAGCCAUGCUUACGCCCAGCAAACCCCUGGUCCGCCGCUGCCUGCCGGCCAUCCGGGCCCACAAGGGGGUGCUCUUGGUGGGGAACGAGACCACAUUCGAUGAUGGGCGGGGCCAGCGGCGCAAUGUCACAGACCUGGUGGAGGGAGCCAAGAAGGCUAAUGUGGUGCUGGAAGCCCGGCAACUGGCCAUGCGUAUCUUUGAGGAUUACACGGUAUCCUGGUACUGGAUCCUUAUUGGCCUGGUCAUUGCCAUGGUGAUGAGUUUCAUCUUCAUCGUUCUCCUCCGCUUCCUGGCUGGUAUCAUGGUCUGGAUCAUGAUCGUCCUGGUCAUCCUGGUGCUGGCCUAUGGAAUCUUUCACUGCUACAUGGAAUACGCACGUCUGCGGGGCGAGGCUGGGGCGGACAUAUCCCUCAGUGACCUUGGCUUCCAGACCGACCUACGUGUCUACUUGCACCUGCGGCAGACCUGGAUGGCUUUCAUGAUCAUCCUGUGCUGUGUUGAGUUUCUGAUCAUCCUGCUGCUCAUCUUUCUGCGCAAGCGUAUCCUGGUGGCCGUGGCACUUAUCAAGGAGGCCAGCCGGGCUGUGGGCUACGUCAUGUGCUCCCUGCUCUACCCACUCGGAACCUUCUUCCUGCUCUGCCUCUGCAUAGCCUACUGGGCCAGCACCGCCGUCUUCCUGUCCACGUCCAACGAGGCCAUCUACAAAGUCUUCAAUGACUCAGCCUGUGACUUAGCUGGACAGACGUGUGACCCCAAGAACUUCACAACCAACACGAGCCAGCUGUGCCGGGAUGCCCGCUGCCAGUUCGCCUUCUAUGGAGGGGAGACAAGCUACCACCGGCUGCUCCUGGGGCUGCAACUGUACAAUGCCUUUAUGUUCUUCUGGUUGGCCAACUUCGCCCUGGCCCUGGGCCAGGUCACGCUGGCUGGCGCCUUUGCCUCCUACUACUGGGCCCUCCGCAAACCAGAUGACCUGCCUGCCUUCCCUCUCUUCUCAGCCUUUGGCCGUGCCCUCAGGUACCACACUGGCUCCCUGGCGUUUGGCUCCCUGAUACUUGCCAUCGUCCAGCUCAUCCGGGUCAUCCUGGAAUAUCUGGAUCAUCGCCUCAAAGCUGCCCAGAACAGGUUUGCCAAAUUCCUCCUGACCUGUCUCAAGUGCUGUUUCUGGUGCCUGGAGAAAUUCAUCAAAUUCCUCAACAGGAAUGCAUAUAUCAUGAUCGCCAUCUACGGCACCAACUUCUGCACCUCAGCCAAGAACGCCUUCUUCUUACUCAUGAGAAACAUCAUCCGGGUGGCUGUGCUGGAUAAAGUGACAGACUUCUUGCUCCUCCUGGGCAAACUCCUGGUUGUGGGCAGCGUGGGUAUACUCGCCUUCUUUUUCUUCACCCAUCGCAUCAGGAUUGUGCAGGACACAGCACCCCCACUCAACUACUAUUGGGUCCCCAUCCUGACGGUCAUCGUGGGCUCCUAUCUGAUUGCUCAUGGCUUCUUCAGUGUCUACGGCAUGUGUGUGGAUACGCUGUUCCUCUGCUUCUGCGAAGACCUGGAGCGGAACGACGGCUCUGCUGAACGGCCAUACCACAUGUCGCCCGAGUUGAGGGCCAUCCUGCUCAAGGGGAGUCUGGAAGCGGCGAAGGGCACCGAUGAUGAGGGUUGAGAAGGGGGUGGCACUACCCUCACCCACUGCAUCUCACGUCUCCUCUGGCUGGGCGGGGGUUGGCAGAGGGAUGGGACAGGACCUGAGGGGUUGUCUGCAUGUUAUCUGUGUCUGUCUGUGACUGCCCCCAACUCUGUCCGUCUGCCUGUCAGUCCAUUGUGUGUGUGUGUGUGUGUGAGAGAGAGAGAGAGAGAGAGCCUAGUCAGCUCAUCUCUGGGUUUGAACUCCCCUCAUGUGGGGAAAGAUGGUGAAUGACUAGGUGGGCUACUAGUCCAGACUCCCUCUCUUCCCCUUUGUCUCCUGGCCUGCCCAGGACCUGACUCCUCCUCCUGCUUCCCGCCAUCUAGCUAUGCAUUUCUCUUGGCUGGGGCCCCUUUCGGGGCUGGACUCACACAGCCUCCCCCCCUACCCCGCCUCUCCCCACCCCCCCACU